AUGGCAGGCACGCCGAACGACGCGGCUUCUCGCGCGCAGUCGGGGAGUAUGCACUGGGUAGAAUACCAGAACCAGGAGGGGCGUCCCUACUGGUACCAUACAGUAGAGCGUCGGAGUGUAUGGGAAAAACCAACAGAGCUGAAAACGGCGCGCGAGCGCGCAAUGGAGCAGACGCCGUGGCGCGAGUACAAAUCUGGCGUGCGCAGCUACUAUGUCCAUAAAGAUACGAAACAGUCGACAUGGACAAUGCCAGAAGAGUUAAAAGGUACGCUCCCCCACUCACUCACCGCAGCACUGCUGGAUGCGAUUCCAGAGGACGCGCCUGCUUCGCCGGAUACAGGCACGCCAGGUACCGCGCAUACGCCACAAAGCCCUGCAGACGGCAACUGCACGCCGAUCAACGUGGGUGUGCGUGCCGUGCCGCGAGCGCCGCUUUCGUCUGCCGCGCUGUUCACCAAUGCAAGCGAUGCUGAGGCUGCUUUUAUCGGCCUCUUGCGCGCCAAAGGAAUCGACGAAACGUGGACGUGGGAGCAGACGAUUCGCGAAAUUGUGAUGGAGCCCAUGUACAGAGCGUUCCGUACUCUUGCCGAGCGCAAAGCAGCCUUUAAUAAGUAUAUCAACGAGCUAAAGACCACGGAAGCGCGGCGACGCAGUGCAAAAGAAGCGGUGCUGCGGCCCGCCAUGGUAAAGGCGCUGCACCAAAGUGGCGGCCUAAAGCCCUAUGCGAGCUACGCAACGUUUAAAAAAAAGCUGCAGACGUUGCCGCUGUGGGACGACGUAGAUAGCGACGAACUGGCGCAUGGACUCUACGAAUCGAUCCGCGACGAUGUGCGCAAGAAAGAAGAGGCCAAGGAGCGCGCGGUACAAGCGCACAACACUGAGGCGUUCACUGCGCUUUUAAAGACAAUCGAUAUGGACGCAACGACCCUCUGGCGCGACGUGUACUCUACCAUUCUCGCGUCGGGUGAAUACAAGCACGACGCAAGAUUGCAAACCAUGCCGCGCACCGAAAUGCUUGCCAUAUUUGAGGCACAUAUGCGCACCGUCGAAGACGACGCGCGCGUUUUUGUCGAUGCAGAGAAGCGCAAAAAGAGCCGCGCCGCGCGCAUCCACCGCGAUGCGUUCCGCGCCUUGCUCGAUGAGCACAUCGCAUCGGGAUCCUUGACGGCGCGCAGCACGUGGGCCAGUUUCCUCCCCAAGAUCCAGCACGAUCCGCGCCUUGCCGAUGUGCUCACCGCGCCUGGCUCGGCACCCCAGCAGCUGUUGUACGAUGCGCUGGACGAACUGGAGCGCCGCUUUGCCGUUCUCAUGAAAGAGGCGGACGCAUACGUAAAGCAGCACUCGGUCUCGUUGGACGGCGACGCUUGGGCGCAAUGGCGCGCCGCGCUUGCAGCGCCGCAAGCGCCGCCAGCACUUGCGUCGCUGCGCGAGUGUGAACAAAAAGAGGUGCUGGACGAGCUCCUCUGCCUGGCGGGUCGUGACGCGCGCGAUGCGAGGCGGCGUUCUGACCGCAAACUGCGCGAGCGCGCAGACGAACUGCGCUACGCGCUGAAAAAAAUGCAUCCUCCGCUGGACAUCGACGCGCCUUUUGAGCGUAUUGUGCACAGCCUGGAAAAGCUACCCGAAUUCAUUGAGCUGAAGGAACUGGAGCAUGACUACCGCGAUCUGGAUGAUACCACAGAUGAACGCAAGCGCAAAGGGCCGUAUUCAAACGUGCUGCAUGAGGAUCCGCGCGCGGUUCGGCAGCGUGUCCGCUACGACGCGCCCGAAGCGCGGCCUUAG